GUAUUCAGUAGGGUGAAAAAUCUGUCCAUGUUUCUUGACCCAAGAAAAAUAACAAAGACAAAACCGUUUAUUAAAUUGUAUAAUAAUAAAUUGUUCGCAAAACAAAGACCCUAGUUGUGAUUGAUUCCGUCAAUUAAAACCCGACAAAGCUGGAGUCUGCCUUACAGAUUUCUAAAUGGUGAAACUAGCCGUACCUGCCCCUCUCACCGGUUUCUCACGAGCACUAUCAAGAUGAGCAUGCGCACACGUGCGUUGGUCUUUUCCACCUUUUUUGGCAGCUGCCUGGCCAUUGGCCUUCUGUUAGUCAGCAUAACCAGUAACCAUUGGGUCCGGGCGAGUCCACGCCGCCAUUCUUCAAUGGAGGCCAAAGGAGAGGUCAACUUCGGACUCUUCUACGGCAGCCAGCACCUGAACCCUGGAUUUGGCGUACGCACUUAUCCGGUUGAUGUUUACACAUUUGUCCGCACAGAGAACGACAAAACCAGCUUGUGGCUUUGGAUGCUCACUACAUUAGGCACCGGCUUGGGCCUCUUGGCAUCCGCAGUUGCAGCCAUUGCCGCAGUCCUUAAGUCAGCCUCUGCAGCCAAGAGGGGCGGGACAAUGGUGUUGCUGAUGGCCGCUAAUAUAUCUGCAGCGGGGGCUCAGGUCGUUGCAUUUGUCGCCUGGCUGGUGCAGUUCUGGAAGUAUUUCACCCUCAAUAUACUUUUGACCGAGCACCAACAACAGCACUGGUACAGCACAGGACUAGCUUACCUUGGCUACAGCUUUUAUCUGGUCGUGAUUUCCACUGUCGUGGUGUUGAUAAACAUCGCUGUUCUACUGUACGCCGAGCGCCGAGACGCCCGCGACUGCAAACGCAUGGAGCCACCAAGUGAUGACAAAAACAAGGCCGCCACAAUGCUGUACUAAGGAAGAGGAAACCAAUAACAAAAUUAACCUCAUUUAAUCUGCUCGGAAGCGGCCGAGCAGGGAUACCAAGAAAUCUCAGUGGCCCACAUGUGUGUGCCUUACUUAUGAAUGCCGUUGCCUUUUCUUAUGUACUAAAUUAAUGGGUACCUUCCACCACCUAAGAAAUAACUCAGCAAACUGCCUGUACUCGUAUUACCUUUAUUCCUCCAUAGCAUGCAUUUACUGCUACCGGCAUCCAAGUAUUUUUAUGUGCAUAUUUACAAAUAUAAAAACAGUCAUUGUUAAAAGAAACAAAA